AUGGUUGCCAUCUCCAACGUCGUUCUCUUCGCCGUCUCGGCCGCUGCUGCCCUCAUCCCCCGUGAUGCUGCCACCGCCAAGGCCGACCUCCAGACCGUCAACUCUGACAUCCAGAGCUUGACCACCGCUGUCAACAACUACCCCGGUGGUGGCCAGAACCUGGUCCCCGUCGUCCAGGCCGAGCAGAAGCUCGAGAACGACCUUGACGCCGCUGCCGGCCGUGCCAAGGGCCAGCCCGUUGUCUCCGCCACCGAUGCCCAGUCCAUCAUUGACUACAUCAACAACACCCUCGAGCCCAGCACCAAGGGUUCCAUCACCGCCCUCCAGAACAAGAAGACCCAGUUCACCAACGACGGCCUCAAGCCCACCGUCCUCAACAACUUGAACUCCAUCAAGAACCGCACCUCCGUCCUCGGUGCCUCCCUCGUCAAGUCUGCUCCCUCCACCAAGAGCUCCGCCGCCCAGGCCGCCCUCAACAAGGUCGUUGCCGACAUCAACGCCGGUAUCACCACCUACUCCACCUAG